AUGUUUUUUUCGGCUUCAUAUUCUGCAUUCAUUGGUAUAGCUGUCGUAACUACCGUUAUAUUUCUAGUGGUAUAUUGUGUACGCUUAAAUCAUAUUCAUCGACAUGUUGCACCACUUCCCAUGCAAGUUAUUGUUUUAGCUCAACCUCAUCAUCAUCAUCAACUUAAUCAUUCUCAAAUGUGUUGGUCAAUACCUAUUGAACAACCACCACCACCUUAUAAUGCAGUUGUUGCUGCAAUGAAUACUAACCGUAAUAUUAUGCAUGCUAAUAAUGCAUCAUAG